GGAUCGGGUGAAAAUGGUAGAGCUCAAAAUUCGCAGGAUGAACUAGAGUUAUGGGUCGUAAUCCCACAUUCCUGGAUGCCACCUCACGAAGUAGCUGACAGUUCCCAGAAACAUACUACUAGAACAUAA